AUGAACCUCAAACUGCAUCGGCUGGUUCUAUUCUUGGCUGCACUUUGCAGCACACCCUCACUGCUCCAAGGGGUCAGUGCGACCACCACCGCCAGUCCCAAUUGUACAACACCAACUCACUUCUUCGACCAACUUGUUGACCACGAAAACUCAAGCAACAGAGCGACGUUCCAACAGCAGUAUCAAGUAGUGGCGGCUCAUUUCAAACCUGGCGGUCCGAUCUUGUACUACCAACAGGCAGAGACAAGCCUCUUCGCAUGCAUGGAAUGGACCAUCCUACCUGAGUGGGCAGCUGAACUUGGAGCUCUGGUCAUCACACUCGAACAUCGUUUUUUUGGUCUGAGCUAUCCUUCCAAGGACCCGGAUCCCGUCCGACAGUUCCAGAGUCUGACACUGGAGAAUGUCAUGCUGGACGCCGUCAACUUCAUUGGCCACAUCAAGAACACGACGGAAGGGACAAAGGAGAGCAAAGUGCUCGUGAUGGGUGGUUCGUAUGGAGGCUUUCUCACCACCGUGUUGAAGAUGAAUCAUCCCGACAUCUUCUACGGUGCGUUGCCCUUUGCUGCGCCACUACGAAGCAUCGGAGCCAACAACCAGAAUCCGCAACGGUACAAUUGGUUCAAAUACCUGAACCAGGUCUACUGGGAUUUGUCUGCCACGGCGGCCGGUAAGAUGAAACACGCCUUUGACGUACUGGGACAGCGCGUGCAGGCCGCAAAUGAUACGAAGAGUCUCGCCAGAGAUUUCGGAUUGUGCUCGAUACCCAACACGACGGCCGAGCUACAAGAGGUCAUGGGUGUCAUCAACACGGUGCAAUACCAGAUCCCGCAACUGGGGUUCGUCAGUCCGAUUGGAAACCCGACAGGUGCCAACGUCGAGAAGCUGGUCAACCAAACGCUCCUCCUGGAUGACCCUGUGAAAGUCAUCAAUGCGAGUCUCAACAUGUGGUUCCCCCCUUCGCUGUAUCCUUGCGUCCCGUGGGGAAACGACGAGUCCGUGAAUCCCACGCUGCAGCUGGAUUCUUUCAACUAUCUCCUCUGCAAGUACUUCCCACUGAGCGUGAACGAGAUCCCGAAUGGAACAAUCUACGUACCGACCUCCGUCCAAACGGAAUCCGACCCGAACACCUGUAUGGGUCUGUUCAACGUCACUCCACCGACACAGGAGUUUGUCGAAAGCAAAUACCACAUCACACGGGAUGAGCUCGUCGAGGCCAAGAGGAUCUUGUUCACGUACAAUGAGUUCGAUCCGACCACCGCGGUCGGCGUCGACCCCUUGCCGCUGAGCCAAGACCGGAACGCUUCCAGGGGACCGACCGACCGUGGUGCAUGCAAGGAACAUUGA